GGGUUCUGAACUAUAGAACUUAUGUCUGUGGUUUGUGCAGGUGAAGAAUCAAUGUGUUUACGAAUUCGAAGUUACGUAAUCAAUGUUACGAAGCCGUAAUAAUGUUAUUCCUGUUAUGAACUCACGUUGGGUCUAUUUUCCUACCAAUUUGAAGACUGUUUGGUUGACAUAUUAUUGGCUUCAUUGAUUAUGCCAUUAUGAAAUAAAUCCAGACCUAGAAAUGCUUAUUUCGCAUAAACGUCGCAGUAAUAUAUUAUUUUGUUUAGCAAUGUACUAUCUAGCUUAAGGUCUUUAGUAAAGAUAUGUGAAUGUCUAUCAAUAGACGUCUCAAACUGUACAACUACAAUCAGUAGGUACAUUAGUAUACAUUUUUGUAUCGUGUAAGACGCUACUGUUUUGUGGUAGAGUGAUAAGUAAACAAGAUUGCUACGUAAAUACAAAAUGAUCAAACCACUGGUUACUUUAGUAGGAUUAUUACAUAAAAGUAAAAUAUCAGAACAAGUUAGAUAUGCGUCGCAGGCUUUACCACAGUUGUCUUCGGAAAAAUACAACAUAAAAAGAAAAGACUUCGGCACAAUAAAAUCAUCUGAUGUUAGUUAUUUUAAAUCGAUUCUAAAUGAAGGUCGAGUGUUGACUGAUGAAAAUGAUGUAAUGCCCUAUAACAUAGACUGGAUAAAGAAUUGCAGAGGACAGUCGACUGUUGUAUUGAAACCACAAAAUACUGCAGAAGUAUCGGCUAUUCUGAAGUACUGUAAUGAAAAACGACUGGCUGUCUGCCCGCAAGGUGGCAACACUGGCCUUGUCGGGGGGUCCGUGCCUGUCUUCGACGAAAUCGUACUCAACUUCUCAUUGAUGAACAAAAUCGAAAGCCUCGACGAUGUAUCAGGAGCUUUGAUUUGCGAAGCCGGUUGUAUACUCGAGAAUUUAGACAACUAUGUACGAGAGCGGGGUCUUAUCAUGCCCUUGGAUUUGGGCGCUAAGGGUAGCUGCCAUAUUGGCGGUAACGCCAGCACAAAUGCCGGGGGGCUAAGACUACUGCGCUAUGGUAACCUACACGGGUCUAUUCUAGGAAUUGAAGCCGUAAAAGCUGACGGAACUGUUAUAGACUGCCUAAAGGCACUGAAAAAGGACAACACAGGAUACCACUUGAAACAUCUUUUUAUCGGGUCCGAAGGAACCUUAGGAUUUGUCACGAAAGUAGCUGUAAGCUGCCCCGUCCUACCCAAGGCCGUUAAUUUAGGAUUUUUUGGUGUUGAAAACUUUGAAAACAUUCUAAAAUUAUAUAAAAGCGCAAAAUCCAGUCUGGGUGAAAUCCUAUCAGCUUUUGAAAUGGCUGAUUUUGAUUCGAUCAACUCUACUGUUCAAAAUUUAAAGCUUCCGAACCCAAUUGCUGACUAUCCAUUCUACGUGUUAGUGGAAACACAUGGCAGUGACGAUGUUCAUGAUGGCGAGAAACUGUCGAGGUUUUUAUCAAAAGAGAUGGAAUCCGGUCUAAUUGUAGACGGCACUGUGACGUCAGAGCCAUCAAAAAUGCAGACAAUCUGGAAUCUUCGUGAAAGCAUAGCUGGAGCUGGAUUAGUAGUUGGUUAUGUCUUCAAAUACGACGUAUCAAUACCUCUGAAAAAUUAUUACGAUUUAGUGCCGAUAUUGAGAAAGAAAGUUGGAGACAAAGCCCUUAUAGUCUGCGGAUACGGACACGUCGGAGACGGUAAUAUUCAUAUCAAUGUCACGGUACCAAAAUACAGUCAGGAGAUAGCAUCUGUUCUAGAACCGUACAUUUUUGAGGAAGUAAGCAAACUAAACGGUUCGAUCAGUGCUGAACACGGCAUCGGUUUCAGGAAACCUAAGUAUAUUCAUUACAGUAAGGAUAAAUCUGCGCUUCAAUUAAUGAAGGACCUAAAACAGUUAAUGGAUCCAAAUGGUAUACUCAACCCAUACAAGGUUCUACCAGAUACUGUAUAGUCUUUUCUGUAUGUAAUUAAGGUACUUUUAUCUGAAUAUAUUUGUAAACAUAACAGUUAAAGUUCAAGAAUUUAUGAUGUUUAUUAGAGAUAAAGUGAUUGCGUCACAUAACAUAAGACAAUGCAAACUGCAGAGAUACUACCACUGGUGAUAGUAAUAAUAAAACACAACAUAUUUAAA